CCCUGGUUCUUUCUUUCGAUCCUUUUUCCUUCCCCAUUCAUUAAUGCAGCCGAGCCCAUGUCAGAAUCUAGCACUCCUGGUACAAAUAAACAUGGACUGUCUCCAGUCAUCACCCCCAUUGCCAUUCCCGUCGGAAAGACAGAGCGUAACUACUCCGAGUCAUCAUCUCUAACCUUGAUGUCAUUACAAAGCAUUCUGAGCCCCGGGGAAGUUCCGCAUAAUGCAUUUGCUGAGCCAGAGUCACCCACCUUACCGUCCACUCCAACAAAAGAGGACUUUAGCUCCUCGUCAGAAGAACGAGCCAGUCCUGUUCGCCAUACCUUCAGCUCCAACAGUAGCCCGACACCCGUAUCUAACCUUAACACAACCAUUGCUGCCACACCUACUCGGUCUAUCAAUUUAGCCAUGUCCCCUGCAUCAUCCUACACCUCGCCGCCCAGCUCAUUUAAAACCACUACCAUGACAAGAAAAACAUCUACAUCCGAUUCUUUUCGAGACAAGUUUUCCACCUCAGAACGAAAUGGUGGCAAAAGCCAUCAUCAUCAUCGCAGUUCGAAGAAAGAGGAUUCGGGGAAGCUAGCUCACUCACGCAGUAGAAAGAAGUCUAUUGAUGAGUUUUCGGCUAGCGUUGCCAAUGUCCCCCCUGCGCCAGCACCAUCAAUGUAUUGGUCCAGACCAGGGACUUACGGAAAGGCUCCAAAGCCUAUCCGCGCUCACACGAGUGUCAUGGUCGGCGAAUUGAUGUUUGUAUUUGGGGGAUCGGACCAUAAAGGGUGUUUCAAUGCCUUAUAUAUACUAGAACUCGACACGUUUACAUGGUCAAAACCAAGGACCCAUGGCGAUCCACCGCCUCCUUGUCGUGCACACUCUGCAACCUAUUAUGCAAAGCAAAGAAAGAUUUUCGUUUUUGGUGGAGGGGAGGGACCAGUUUAUUAUAAUGACCUCUAUGUACUGGAUACAGAGAGUUUAACCUGGUCUAUUCCAACGGUUUCUGGUGAAAGUCCAUCUGCACGUCGAGCACACAGCACUUUUGUUUGGAACGACAAGCUGUAUGUGUUUGGAGGAGGCGACGGUGCGCACGCCCUUAGUGAUUUGUUUGCCCUGGACUUGAUGGACCCUGCAAAUUUACGAUGGCAAAAUUUAUUACCCGCCGGUCAAGUUCCUGUACCUCGCGGCUAUCAUACCGCCAAUCUGGUAGGAGAUAAAUUGGUGGUGUUUGGUGGAAGUGACGGACAUGAAUGCUUUAGCGACGUUCAUGUUUGUGAUUUGACCAAAAAUGCCUGGUACACUAUGGAACUGGAUCGCUCUAUACCCCGUUUAUCUCAUACAUCCACACGCGUGGGGUCUUAUCUAUUUGUGAUCGGUGGCCAUGAUGGCAAGCAGUAUUCAUCUGAUGUGUUGCUGCUCAACUUGGUGACCAUGAGCUGGGAGACUCGAAGCAUUCACGGGAUUGGCCCAACUCCUAGAGGGUAUCACACCGUGGUCUUGUACGACUCCCGAUUGAUUCUUUUUGGUGGCUAUGAUGGAAAAUCUUACUUUGGGGACAUCCACGUACUUGAUCUAAGUGCGUGUGCCUAUCUACCUCAAAUCACCAGCUUUUCGAUUGAACUCUCGGACGACUAAGCUAUUUCAAAAAUAAUAAUAAAAAAUGAUAGGGAAAAAAAGAUAGCAUGAUGUUUACACUCAAA